CGCCCUCUAGUGUGCAGCCGCGGUACUGCGCUCCACUUGAUCGGUUGUGCGCUUGUCAGGGUGCGUUUACACUAAACAUGGCUUCUCAGUCUGUUGGAGAGCUUCAAGAAAUGGAAGUUGACCGAAGGGGUGAUUCUGAAGAGUCCGGGGAUGAUGAAAGCAGGAGGAAGAGUAUUAAUGGCGAUGUGGACCCCAACCAGCCCUCCACAACAACAAGUAAAGAAGAGUCACCGGUUGACAUGGACACCAUAACCUUGGACCCAGAAGAAGAGGACGUUGAUCUUGUUCAUUGUCGCAUUGGAAAGAUUGAAGGACUUGAGGUUUUACAGAAAGCUAAAACGCUCUCCUUACGACAGAACUUAAUCAAAAAGAUAGAAAACCUUGAGAGCUUGAGCUCACUGCGAGAACUAGAUCUCUACGACAAUCAGAUCCGAAAACUGGAGAACCUGGACAACCUCACAGAGUUAGAGCAGCUUGAUGUGUCGUUCAACAUUUUGAGGAAGAUUGAGAAUCUGGAGCGAUUGACUCAGCUGAAAAAACUGUUUCUGGUUCACAACAAAAUCACCGGCAUUGCCAACCUGGAGCACUUCAGCUUCCUGGAGAUGCUGGAGCUGGGCUCUAAUCGCAUUCGGGUCAUUGAGAACCUGGACGGCCUCACAUCUUUGACGAGUUUGUUUCUUGGCACGAAUAAAAUAAAUAAGCUUCAGAACCUUGAUGCUUUACACAACCUCUCUGUUUUAAGCAUUCAGAGUAAUCGGAUUACUAAAAUAGAAGGGCUUCAGAACCUUGUCAACCUGAAGGAACUCUAUCUGAGUCACAAUGGCAUCGAGGUCAUUGAAGGCCUGGAAAACAAUAAAAAGCUGACAACGCUGGAUAUUGCUGCCAAUCGAGUAAAGAAAAUUGAGAACAUCAGUCAUCUGACAGAACUGCAGGAGUUCUGGAUGAAUGAUAACCAGAUAGAAAACUGGUCAGAUCUGGAUGAGCUGAAGAACGCCAAGUCCCUGGAAACAGUCUACCUUGAAAGAAACCCGCUGCAGAAAGAUCCUCAGUAUCGGAGAAAGAUCAUGCUGGCCUUGCCCAGUGUGCGCCAGAUCGACGCCACCUUUAUUCGAUUCUAAACUGUAGCGCGUCAGCCGCUAUCCAACCUCACCGUGCACCCCCAUCCCCCCCUCACACACACGCCACCUUCUCCGACACGUUUUGAAACGUUCCGUUUCCCAGUCACUCCAUGUAAAAUAUACAUUCCAUCCCAAAACAUAUCUAUGGCUCACCGAGCAAAUGCUCGUAUGCACACAUUCUUCUCCUGAUCUGUGCUCCUCUGUGGAAGCUUUUAUUUAUUAAGGCACAACUGUGAAAAUGAAAACAACUACCCUCUACUUUAAUAUUUCCUCCACACUUUUUUUCUCUUCAUCUGGGAGACAGAGUCGAACCGGCAGUGUCCAUGAAAACAAAAACGUAGGAAGGCAGUCUCUAUACUUGAAAUUGGAUAAUGAUCAUUCCCAGGUUAGGCGUGUCAUUAUGGUCAUUGUAAGGAUUUCUCCGUUAUGUUUAUUUUUUCUUUUGGGGGAAGAAAAUGCUGCUCUCAUUUCUGUGCUGUUUUUUUUUCCGUUUGCAUGUAGUUUAAAAUGUAAUCUUAACAUUUGCUUCGUUGGAUAUUAUUAAUAACGUUUUGUUUUUGCUUCAUUUCUAACAUUUCUUGAGCAGGGUAUCAAACUUAGCAGUAAGACGUCCACAAUGAAGCCUUAAGACAGACUACAUAUUUACACCUCAUUGGUUGCAUAAAUCUAUCUUUAAGGGGGGAAAAAAACGUACUAGUGUGUAACUUUUAAUAAACUGGCUGCAGCAAUGAAGGGCACAUUUGGAUGUUCAACCUCCUUGUCCAUGUUUUUUCCUGAAGAGAUCACAGAUUACUAGAUCCAUUUCCUGCUGAACAAAAAGUCGACUCUGUAAGAAAAUAAAGCGUAUGAGAAUGUAAAACAAUGCAGUGCUUCUAGGUUCAGUGGUUUGUCUUUUUUGUGGCUGCAUUUUAGUUUUGAACACGCUUUUCUUCGUUUCACCUCAGCUUUUGAAAAGACUCGAACAUGCAAUUUGUGAAGCACAAGUUGAAUGUAGAGUUUGUUUGUUUUGAUCUUCUUCUUCCAGGACUGAACUCUUGUUUAGCCAUUGUAAGAUAAACCAGUCCAUGCUCAUUUUUGGCUUGUAGAAUUGGUUUGAAGUAUUCAUGCUGUGUUUUUAUCGUAGACCCAUUAAUGUUGGUUUGACUCGCUGGAAACAGUAUUUCUGCAGUCUUCAUUGUAGAAUGCUUCAGUGCUCAUAAUGUAGUUUAAGACAUUUUUUAUGUAGAAAUGAUUCAACAACUCUGAGCUGAGAGGUCACUUAAUAUAGAGAUGCACUAGAGGCAGAGGUGGAAAGUGCACUAUUUUAUUUGGAACCACUUCGACAUUUCAAAACAUUAAAAAAAAGGGUUUGUGUAUCCUAGAACUUUAGGAAAAGGAAAUCAGCUACUCAAAUUUAAAUCUCAAUUUAUUGCUUUAAUUCUUAGAUGUAUAACAGGUGGGGCUUUUUAAAAGACUAUCCUAAAGACAGUUAUGCAUUUCCAAUACGCCUGAUGAAUAUGCCCUUUUAUUUUAAAUUUUGGAACUGAUCCUAGGAAUCUGAAAUAUAAGAGCGUGGAGUUAAAAACCUGUAGAUUACACCUCUCACGUCUUAAGCCUGUGCUAUCAUCUUCCCUUUGUAAACGUUUGUUUCUGCCAAUCAGUCUAACCAAUUUGUGUGAUGUCAAAAUUGAGAUAAAGAUGAUGUUGCAACUCGAAGAGAAUUUACAGAAACUGCUUUCAGCUUUUUAUCUUAGUUUCAAAUUUUUUUUACUUAUUUAAUGCUGUUUUUGAACUGAAUGUAUUAUGCAAAUAAUAAAGUGACACUUAUGAAAGGGCAA